AUGGUAACAGGAGUCAGCCCCCCUGAAAAUGCACCAGCUUCCACCUCCCCCGAGAUCCAGUCGGAUGCCCAGCCCGGAGCAGAUCCAGCCAGUACAGCAGCUGAGAAAGAAGUCGCCAUUCCAGCCGGUCCAACCAGACAAGCCACGACAACCUCGCUCGCGGAUCCUCUCGAUAUUGCUAGGCACCGUCGUGAGAACAUCAGUCAGAAGCAGAUGAAGAUUGAGCAUCCUAAAGGCAACAAGCGGAGACUCAAGAAGUACUAUGCCCAGCAGAAUGCUCUUAUUGACGACUUCCUGGGUGCCGAUGAUGAAGAGCAGGUUGCCAUUGAGAAAGAUGCGAAAUAUGCCCCCAAGAUCAAGUUUGCCAUCAGGGGCUCCUUUAUCAUCAACUUUUGCCUGUUCAUCAUUCAGCUGUAUGCCGCCAUCUCGACCGGAUCUUUGGCUCUCUUCGCCACCACGGCCGAUGCUUUCAUGGAUCUUGUUUCGUCGUUCGUGAUGUUGAUAGCCUCGUGGCUUGCUGCGAGGCCCAGCGUGUACAAGUAUCCUGUGGGCCGUACAAGAAUAGAAGCCAUGGCCAUCAUUCUGUUUUGUGCAUUGAUGACUACUGUUGCUAUCCAGCUGUUGCUCAUAGUCUUUGCCAAGGGUAGCAUGAUGGUGUACUGCUUGAUGUAUCGCAGGUUCCCAACCGUGUUCAUCUUCUACAUCGACCACCGCAACGACAUUGCCAUCAACAGCUUCGGUUUGAUCAUGGCGGUCGUUGGCGAAAAGAUUGCGUGGUACCUGGACCCCAUCGGCGCCAUCCUCGUUGCGUUGAUCAUCCUGUUUUCGUGGGUGUCCAACGCCUUUGAGCACAUCUGGCUGCUGGUGGGCAAGUCGGCGCCCAAGGAGUUCAUCUCCAAGCUCAUCUACAUGGGCGUGACACACGACGACAGGAUCCUCAAGGUCGACACAUGCCGAGCGUACCAUGCCGGCCACAAGUACUUUGUCGAGAUGGACAUUGUCAUGGACGAGGGGCUGCCACUAAAGGUGACGCAUGACGUGGGCCAGGACCUGCAGCGUAAGCUCGAGGGUCUGGCUGAUGUUGAGAGGGCGUUUGUGCACGUCGACUAUGACCACCAACACGACGUCAACGAGGAGCACAAGCCCUUGUUUGCGCCUAAGAGCAACGUCAAGCGAAGCCUGAAAGAUAUCAUCCUGUUCAGGAAACCGAAGAUGGCCGCUUCCGGAGACUCGUCAAGCGAGACGACCGCCACUCAAUGA